UUAUUCCAAUAGCGUCCUCUACAAUUAGGAGCUGAUAUAGUGAUGCAUUCUCUGACCAAAUAUAUGAAUGGCCAUUCUGAUGUUGUUAUGGGAGCAAUAGCAACAAAUAAUGAAGAACUUUACACUCGCCUCCAAUUUCUACAAAAUGCAUUAGGUGCAGUUCCAUCUCCAUUUGAUUGCUACUUAGUCAAUCGUGGCUUGAAAACGCUUCCUGUACGAAUGGAACGCCACAUGGAAAACGGUUUAGCUGUUGGAAGAUUUCUUGAAAAGCAUCCAAUGGUUGAAAAAGUUCUGCAUCCAGGUAUUUAUAUUUUAUAUAAAAAUAUUUUAAUAGUUUCUUAGUUCUUGUCUUAAUAA